GCAGCGGCUAAGCGCAGCGGCAGCAGCGAUGGGCAACAGGGUUACCCGCGAGGACUUCGAGUGGGUUUACACGGAGCAGCCCCACACGCAGCGCAGGAAAGAGAUCUUAGCUAAGUACCCAGCCAUCAAGUCUCUCAUGGGGCCAGAUCCCCACUUGAAAUGGAUAGUGACAGGGAUGGUGUUCACCCAGCUUCUGGCCUGCUACCUUGUGAGGGACAUUUCCUGGAAGUGGGUCUUCUUCUGGGCCUAUGCUUUCGGGGGCUGCGUCAACCACUCCAUGACCCUGGCCAUCCACGACAUCUCCCACAACGUGGCCUUUGGCAACAAGCAAAUCAAGUGGAACCGGUGGUUUGCCGUCUUUGCCAACUUGCCCAUUGGACUCCCCUACUCUGCCUCCUUCAAGAAGUACCACAUAGACCACCACCGGUACCUUGGCGGAGACUCCUUGGAUGUGGACAUCCCCACGGACUUUGAGGGCUGGUUCUUCUGCACUCCCUUUCGGAAGGUGAUCUGGCUUGUCUUCCAGCCCCUUUUCUAUGCCUUGAGACCUCUCUACGUCAACCCCAAAACAAUUACCGAGAUGGAAAUACUAAACGCUUUGGCUCAGUUCUCUGUCGACUUGAUCAUCUACUACCUGUGGGGUUUGAAGCCUGUCGUUUAUUUAAUAGCAGGGACAUUGCUUUGCAUGGGUUUGCAUCCUUUUUCGGGGCACUUCAUAGCAGAACACUAUAUGUUCCUGAAAGGGUAUGAAACAUAUUCCUACUACGGGCCCCUCAACCGGAUCACCUUUAACGUGGGCUAUCACAUGGAACACCACGAUUUCCCCAGCGUUCCUGGAUCUAAGCUGCCAAUGGUAAAGAAGAUAGCAGCAGAAUAUUAUGACACUCUGCCUCAGCACCAGUCUUGGGUUCGAGUUCUCUGGGACUUCAUUUUUGAUGACUCCAUUGGUCCUUAUUCAAGGGUGAAGAGAAUAUGCAAGCUGGCAUCAGACUCUCGAUAGCUGCGGACUCUGCCCUUCCCCCUUUAUAAGCUUAAUGGACUUUUGCACCCUGCAUACUUCCCCCAUCCAAACAAACAUUAAUGAGUCUGUUCUCUCUUAUGUGGUGCCCGGUUAACCACAUAAGAGCUGAUGUUAUAUUUCUGACACCGAAGUGUUUGUAACUUCGAUAUGAAGAAAUAUUACAUUGAAGCCAGUUGGAAGCACCUGAAAAUGUAUAGUUUAAAAAAAAAAUUAACAGACCUUUUCCUUUUACUUAUCUGCUAGGCUGUUUAACAGCCCGACUCACCCUAGUUUCCUGAUGCUUUGAACUACAUUGCUCAUCAGACAUGGUUAGGCACAGUGGGAUCUGUGAGCUCAACAUCUGUAUUCCAGGGUUCUUUCAAUGGAGAGGUGAGGCACUUUCCUUCUCACAACAAACAGGGAGACAUCUGGGCAGACACACAAGAGUAGUCCUCUUCCGCCAGCCCCCAAAGAUGCUAGAAUAUCAGGAUCAAAAUGUUUCUCUUCAGAGACCUCAUGUUCUCUGCCCGCCCCUCCAGAAAAGACUCGAGAGUUAGGGGAGCAUUUCCAAAGGACAACAGUGGCAGAACCAGGACUCACUAGUGGGUCACAGCCUGACCCAAGGUGAGUUGCAACAGGAGCACUACCACGCAGCAAAUAUAUGGGAAAAGAUUGAAGAUGCCUGCAUUAGGGGAAAUAAUUCUGAAUUACACCCUGCAAACAUGCAUCAUACGAUCAUUUCCCCGGAUAACACAAUAUUCCAGCAGUCCUGGGGACCAUUGUAAUUAUCAAGAGGGGACUGCUCAGUAGAGCAUCAUUCUCUUAAUCUCAGGGCUGUGGGUUUGAGCCCCGUGCUGGGCAAAAGAGUCCUGCAUUGCAGAGGGUUGGACUAGAUCAGGUUUUCUCAAACUUGAGUCUCCAGCUGUUUUUGGACUACAGUUCCCAUAAUCUAUGACCACUGGUCCUGCUAGCUAGCAAUGAUGGGAGUUGUAGUCCACAAACAGUUGGAGACCCAAGUUUGGGAAACUCUAGACAAGGUGAAUCUUGUGGUCCCUUCCAACUCUAUGAUUCUAUGAUCCAGACUGUCCCCAGGGGCUGGUACCCGUCAGUUAAAAGAUGGCAUAUUGAACACAAUAUGCAAGAAAUGUAAACAUUGCCAAUCUCCAUUCUUGGUAACAUGGUUGUAGUGUUAGAGUCCUUUAAGUUCUUGGGCUCUAUGAUCUGUCAAAAAUUGAAUUGGUCAGGUAACAUCAAUAUUAUUAUUAAAAAGGUACACCAGAGAUUGUAGUUCUUGUGACAACUAAGGAAAUUUAAUCUGCCCCAAGAAUCGCUGGUUCAAUUUUAUAGAAGUACUAUUGAAACUGUUCUCUGUAAUUCCAUUACUGUCUGGUACGGUACAGCUUCUAAGCUGGAUAAGAAGAGGCUCCAACGCGCAGUAAGAACUGCAGAGAGGGAAAUUGGUGUUAGUCUGCCUCCAAUAGAGACACUUUAUGCCGCUCAAGUCAGGAAGAGAGCAGAGAGAAUUGCUGCAGACCCUUCGCAUCCUGGUCAUCACCUGUUUGAUUUACUCCCAUCUGGAUGUCGGUACAGGACUCUAUAUACAAAAUAGUUUUCCCCCUUGUGCCAUCAAAUUGUUGAAUCUGUAGUUGUGGGCGGAAGGGAGGCCAGUUGUUGGUACGGGGUCUUUUUCACUGUGUUGUUGCAUUGUGAGGGGAAUACUGUUUGUAUGAGGUACGUUUUUCUUUACAUUGCAAUGUAGUUGAAGCAAAAUUCCAAGUAUGGUUGGCACUUGGCCAAUAAAUUAUUCUAUUCUAUUCUAUUCAUCAAAGUGUAAACAUCUGUACUUCUUACAACACCCCAUUUUUUUCUAGCACCACCAGGGACCAGAAACAAAAGGCUCUGGGGGAGCCAGACUGGUUCCAUGGUAAAACUACCCCUGAUUUUGCUAAGUAGCACAGUGGAGUCCAAGUCUACUGCAGAGGGAGGAAAGAAAAGCCAAGGAAUGCCACAUGGACAAUGAACAGUUUAUUACCAAUAUGAACACAGAUACUGUGAAGCAAUGAUGUACCGCUGUAAUAUUGUGAUAGCUCUGAGACCAGGGACUUGCUGUCUGACAGCUGGGCAUCGUUCGGCCUCUUCAGGUGAUGCCACAAAUAAGGUUUUGUUGGCAAAAAAAAAAAAAAGGUCUUCAUUUACAUUGCAGUCUACCAGUAAAAUUACUCUGAAGUCAUCUAGUAAAAGCGAAUGGUUCACGUGUUUCCUUACCUACUAUAUACUAAAAAAAAAGUCAUACAUUUAAAUAAGCAAAUACAAAAUACAAAAAGGCUGACCGACUCUGAUGUGCAUUGUCAGAUGAAAUUUUAAAAAAUCCAGAAAUUUAAAUUUUAAUAUUUUCUUUUUUAAGAUUUUAAGACUUCUCUCUCUCUUUGUUUUUUUGUUUUUUUUAAUGACGCAAAUCCAAGGCAGCAGCAAGCCUCAAAGUCUGCUGAGUCUGCUAAUAAAAAGGAUUUAAGAACAAAAGACAAGAGCCAGGAGUCCUCUUUCACCAUCUCGCAUGGUCUUGGGAUGCUCGGAAACGAUCCAGUUGCCUUUCACAUCCUAGGUGGCUUCUAGCAUGGUUCCAUGGCCAUUAUGUCGUGCUGAUUCUACUCAACUCUUGCCUGAUGGCUGGAAAAAAGAGAGGAAACAAUUAAAAAAAAGGAAUAACCCAGAGCUUAUGGUCAAGGCACUAUGCUGUCAUAGCUUCACACCUAAGCUAAAGACCGCUGACUAUAUUUUGGGAAGUGGUUAAGAUUACAAAGGUGGUUGCAGCAGCAGCAGCAGCAGCAAGAGAAGGACGGUACAGAUCCUAGCUGUGCACACACACCAUACAUUUGAAGCACCUUGGGAGCUUGGAAGCACCCCAACAGAGCUACAAUUCCCAGCACCCUUAAACUACAGUUCCAGCUAUUCUUGUUUUGGGUGUGUGUGAUGCUUUCAAUCAGGGGUGGCCAACUCCCAAGAAACUGUGAUCUACUCACAGAGUUAAAAACUUGCGGUGAUCUACCCCCUUUUUGGAGGUUCAGGUCAAAAUUGUUGAGCUUUUUUUAGGAAGGAGAAAGGCCCAUUUUUUAGGGGUUCAGGUCAAAGUUGUAGGGCUCUUUUUUAGGGAGAAGGAAAGCUCUGUUUCUUUGG